GAUCGAUUGAAAACUGUAACAACAUGGCGGACGGAACUGAAGAAUUAUCUGUGGUCGUCGAGAAGUUUCGGCUUAUCAAUGAGCCUAAAAAUCACUGGGAGGCCAGGAAGAAAUUCUUGUUGAAUAACUGGGAUGAUUACCCGGAAAUGCAGCUAGUUUCAUUGUCGAUGGUGUGGGCCAACAUGCAGUUCGAUGGCUGCAAAUAUUCCCCUGAUCUCAUGGACAGAGUGCGGGACAUGGCAGCAGGAAUCUUUGUUCAACCCUCUACGACAACAUCACAAUUAUCAUCCAAAGUAAGACCUCAAGAGCCUGCCCUUCUUACAGCAUCUUCAUGUAGAGUACAAGACGAACAACCAAAUGAAAAGCACUUGAUGAACUGUACAACAAGCCAGCAUCCUAUGUCACUUGGUGGCGUCGAGGCUAGCAGUAGCGAGCAGACGGCAGAGUCUAGGGAACAUUCUUCAGCCAAGGAUGUCAAUGGGGAUCAUAUAGUCAUCAGCAAAGACACUCUUCUUUUUUCACUCUAUCCAUCAGAUGGUAAUCCAAAAUUUGAUAAAUUGGUUAAACUAUGUAGCAAAAUCAAAGAGAAAGCCGUAAGAGGAAAGACGGAUAAGCAAAUCAUAACGAUGCUUUGGACUCUCCUGAAUCAGCCAGAUUGUCAUAACCGAUAUGAAUAUCAACAAGUUAAUGAAGAUAGGCAAGUACAGUCCUGGAAGACCUACUUCUUGAUAGGGGAGACAUUGUGUGCUACUAAUGUUUCUAGCUCAAAGAAAGCAGGGAAGGAAAAGGCAGUGAUGUUGUUGAUAUCAUUGGUGAAACAGCACAAUGUCAUCACACUUCAAGAAAGUUGUGAGGAGGAAGCCGGUAAGCUGGGCUUUGUAUAUGAAAUAGUCUACAUGAACGACAAACCUCCUCAAGGGUGUAUGGCAAGCACUGACCAAGAUCUCAAUCAAGAGCAGACUGAGGAUCAAACUAUUCCCUCAGCGGAAGCAGACUUUCAGACCGAAGAUCAGAAGAGAAUAUCUGCAGAAUCCAUCUUAGAAUCCUUACCGCAUCAGUUUGCAACACACGAUCUGAAUUCCUUUAUUUUCGCAGCUCCCAAGCUACGUGGCUUUGUCUUAUACGAGUCGAGAGAAGACCAGGAAAAGCUUGGAUAUUUCAAUCCUGUUAGUACCAUUGUCAACUCGUGCUCUAUGUGUAAAGUACCAUGCGAAUUUGCUUCAGAGAAAUGUGAAAUUGGUUUGAGCACGGAGGGAAUUGUAUGCACUGUAUUCAUCAGUCAUGAGAGGAUUGCAACAGGUCUUGCCCUUGGGAGUCGAGAAGCUAAGCAUCUUGCUGCUCACCAUGCAAUCAAGGCUCUCAAGAUGACCAACCCUGUCCUAGUGAAGACCAUGACAGGAGACGGUACUGAAGUCAAUAGGGAUGAGCUGACUGAUCAUGGUCCAUCCAAAGAAGCAAUGCUUCCAGAGACCAAUGUCGGCCACAAGCUCCUGAAGAUGAUGGGUUGGAAGGGGGAAGGGGCUGGUCUUGGUAAGAGGGAGGAUGGAAUAGCAAACCCUGUCAAAGCUACUGGGUCUGGUUCCAAGACCAAAGAAGGUCUUGGCUGUGACAUGGCAAGCUUGAGAAACCCACAUACGAAGCGGCUGGAAGACCGUAAGGUCUGGGAGUACCUGCAAGAAUUUGCUCGAUCAGAUCGUGAAGAUGAACUGGUCUUUACCUCUGAGCUCAGCAUAGAUGAGAGGAAAAGGAUACAUGGCAUAUCUCUUAAGCUAGGAUUAAAGAGCAAGUCUAGGGGGAAAGGGGACUCGAGGUAUUUGAUUGUAGGAAGAAAGUGGAGUGUUGAUAAGUUAGUUCAAGCUGUUGAGGAGAAAGGAGGUAGCAUGGGAGGCUAUGAGUUACAUGGUCCACCAUUAUGAUAUCAUUAUAUAUGAACUACAAUUUUGUACAAAGUAAUGGAUUUGCUGUUCCAGAGUUUGACAAGCAUCAAGCAUAAUCAUGUUUUUGCCUCUUUUACUAACAGGUGUGUUCCUCUUUAUUGUCUGUUCCCAAUACAUUGUGGUAUACAGGUUUCCUUGAAAACAUGGGAUAUAAGUCAUGAAUUAGAUUACACAGUACUUCAUAAUAGCUGGCCAACAUCAAAGGAAUAAGAGAGACAGAAAUGGAUGUACAUGUAGGCACUAGCAAAGUACAUUGUAGUAGGUAUUGCUGUAUUAAUCAUUGAUUGGUAAGCAAAUCAUGGUACAUGUACACUGGGCAAUACCACCUUAGACUGAUGAAAUAUGUGCUGAUUUUGGACCAGUAUUUUCCACUAGCUACAUGUAUCUAAAAAAAUCAGCAGUGUCCCUUUCAUUGCUAAGUUUUAAUUUUUUUAAAGUUUUACCCUCUGUAUGAAACCAUUUAAUAUUUAAAGUGUUUCAAAUUCAAGAUUGGAUGAAAUGGGGUGAAGGUGUGUGUGAUCCAUUCCUAACAUCUCAGUCAUAAGUUUAGCUGUAAAUGAACAACCAUGGCUCUUUUAAGUUUUAACCAACCUAUUUCAGAAAGGAUGAGCAUCUUGCUAAUGAUUAAAGCAUUUUUUACUGGGUCUUUCAGCUACCUACAUGUAGUACCUGUUAUUCUAAUCUCAUUUCUCCAGUAUUUGUCAAGUAAUCCACCUAUAGCUUCACAAAAUCAUUCAAACAGGAUGUACUGCACACAGGAAGCUUUUAUAAGCUCAAUGAGAUGAGCCCUUUGUCUUGUUUUCUAUGGACAUUUUAAUAGCGACUCUGUGUUGCCUGGCAAAGAGAGAUUAGGCAGAUGUGCUUUUAUUGGUGAACUUUAAAGCCCCUUCUAUGUGAAUACCAGUACUAGAAGGUUGCAUGUUUAUUAAGGAAGCUGAGUUUAUGUAAGUUUGGUAAACUACGUUGUACCUGUUAGCAAAAUUAUUUACUGUUCCGUGUACCACUUAAGAGCUAAGAAUAUCUGAUUGUAGGAAAUUUCUGUUUUAUCAUAAAUUUCUUCAAGUCAGUAGGUCUUAUUUUUUAUUUCAGCCAUUUUGUAACCCAUGAAGCUAGAAUAUAGAAACAUUGAUAUUUGAGACAUUUGAGUAGGUAACGUGUUUUUUGCUAGAAAGCAAAUCCUGAUCAAGAAUGUAAAUGCUAUACUACAAAUUUUUAACUUUUUUUUUUCUUCUCUGGAUUCCUGUUUUGUAGAGUGUAAAGUGGAAAUUAUUCCAAAGAUUCAGCAUUGAAUAGAAUGAAGAUUAAUAUCCCAAUCCAGAUGACUUUAUUUCUGAUAAAUUGUUUUCAAAUCUAGAGUCAUUUCAGCACCAAGAGUAUGUUUUUUUUUCUGAAGAGAGUGCAGGCACUAUCAAUAAAUUUUUUUUAAUGAAGGGAUGAAAUGGUAUCAAUGUGUAUUCUCUUUUCCUGCUCAUAAGUGUUUUUUAAGAGAGAGAUUCUUAUUUGUUUAUUUUUGUCCAUCACAUUGAGGAGCAUGGCGGUUACCAUUUUUUUUUUUUUACUGUAUGUACUUAUAUUUAUCGGUCAUGUAGUGAGACAUUAUCCCAUUAUUUAUUAAAGAAAGUUGUUUUCCAUGUUCACUUUAGAUAACUUGUUGCUGGCAUUUUAGAAAUUUCUUUUCUGAAAGAGCAUAAACAAUUUGUUUCAUUUGUUUGCUGUAUUCUCUCAUCAUAUUGAUUCAGAAUUUUUUUGGAAUAAUGUUUUUGUAAAAUAACCUGCUUUUUGCAUUAAAAUGCUAUUAACUUUA